UAGCGGCCAUAGUAGCAUUGAGAGAGAGAGAGAGAGACAGACAGACAGAGAGAGGAGACAGAGAGGAGCAGUGGAGGUCUGCAGACAUGGGGCGUGGACGUGCACCUUGCUGUGAGAAGGUAGGGCUGAAGAAGGGGCCAUGGACUCCUCUUGAGGACAUGAAGCUGGUCGCCUACAUCCAGAAGCAUGGCCACGGCAACUGGCGCGCCCUCCCCAAACAAGCAGGGUUGCUGCGUUGCGGAAAGAGCUGUCGACUGAGAUGGAUCAACUAUCUGAGGCCAGACAUCAAGCGUGGAAACUUCAGCCCUGAGGAAGAAGACGCCAUCAUCAAGUUACAUGAACUGCUCGGCAAUAAGUGGUCAGCCAUUGCAUCUCGCCUGCCAGGAAGAACAGAUAACGAGAUCAAGAAUGUGUGGAACACCCACUUGAAGAAACGCUUGAAAUCAAAAGGAUCAAGUCCAUCUUCAUCACCGAGCAGUACUGAUCACAUGGACUCACCUAGUUCAUCCAUGGAAUCAAUUUCAUGCCUCAACAUUGAAGAACCAAAACAUGUGGAAUUACAGUGCCAGACUUCCAUCUCCAAUGAUCCACACAUGCUCCAGCACAAAUCAUACAACUCCUCUGAUCAAAUUCAAUUAGAAGAAAUAUUUGAACUUCCGGAUGAUCCGCAGCUAUCGUUCUUCGACCUUCUUGACGGCUCCCCCGGCUUUGCGGCCAGUUCUAGUGCUUACCAAGAUAGUUCAACAGUUGAUCAUAACACAUCAAUGGAUGAGGAGGCGGUGAAUGUGAAUGAUGAAAACAAGAUGUGGAUAAGUUAUCUAGAGAAUGAGCUUGGACUAUGGUCAGAUGAUCAACACCAACAAAGUUCCAUAGACCAUAAGCCCAAGAAUAUUGAGUCGUUGGUUGACACAGUACUCCAGACAGGCUCCUAUGGUCAAUCUUCAUAUGAAUCAAAUGAUCCCAUCUUCAUGUACUUUGAAAAUUGGCCUUCAUCUCCACCUAUAUUUGAUUUGUAAAAUUUAGCACACCCUAAUCAAAAGUAUAUCACAUUUCUUGGUCAGAAAAUCAAGGGCUUGUUUGGUAAAGGAUUCAGUCUGUAACUGUUCUUCUAUGAAACCAUGCCAAAGAUUGGGCAGAUUCAUGGAAUACUUUAACAGAUUGUUCUCAUUGCCAAACCAUCCCUAAAUGAUAAAUAAUAAAAGAAAGACAUUUCGAAAGCAAGCAAAACCUUGUUUUGAACCAGGGCUUAUGAUAGUUGAAUAGUUUUGAGGGCAAAAUUAGCGAGAUGAUAUUUUGCUUCUAGUGCCUGCACAUGGUUUUCUUGAAGUUUGGCCAAGAAGUGAUAUAUUUUAGUAGGGUCGCUUGUAUAGGCUUUUAUCCUAAUCAGUAGCUAUCAGAAAGAAGGAAAGACAGACUUGUACACCUAUGUGGCUGGGCAAUUGUCAACGUGGAGUAAUUGCCAGUCUGUUCCUAGUCAUUGACAUAAAAACACACUAAGUGUGCAUUUCAAAGUGUAAGGCUUUUAACUUGUCCAAAGAAGGUGGGGCUCAUUUGAUAGAGAAUGUGAAGAUCCACACCAAUCGAUGUAUAUGAACUCAUGGGAAUGAAAUUAA